AUGGACCACGGUGAUAGGGGCAACAGUCAGGUACGCCGAGGCGCUAGACAGAGCAUGUUUGCGUGGUGCCUUGGCCUGCUUCCUUGUGGCGAGUUUUGCGGCAACAUGGCAGCAUCGAGCUGCGGCUUUGAAAGAGCCGCGAGCGGCAACGCAACGCUCGUCGAUGGACAAGGUACAAAUGGGGAAAAGAAAGGAGCAACUGUCGUCGUCAUGAAUCAUGGUCCUGGAGCUUGCCUCUGGCCCGCAAGCAGCCCGGGCGGGCGAGGCUGUCCUUCUAGAUGCAAACGUGGAAGCCUGGAGUUGAAUGGAUCGAGGAAGCCUUUCGAUGCCCAGAUGAGAAGUUCGAUGGCCGCAACGCCGCAAUCCAGCCUAGAUUGUCCUAGCCAAGUCCGAUUCGUAUCCAGCUCGGACCUGUGGUACGAAGAAAACGUGGCGGCUGAAGCAACCACGAGGCGUUCUGGGAAGAGGCCAGAUGUUAGCCCCGUCUCAGCCUCACCUUGUGUGACGACAGUUAUGACAGCUAUUCACGGUGACAACAUGACAGAGACAACAACAACCAUGCGCGCCUGGGUCUUUACGGAACGAGGCGACCCCUCCAACGUAUUACAGUUUACCACGCUCGAGAAGCCGACUUUGCCGCCGCGUCUGCCGCUGCCCCGCGAUGCGCCCGUACCCGAGGAAUGGGUGCUCAUCAAGACGGCCUUUGUCGGGCUCAACGUCGGCGCCAUCUUUCAAAUGACGCUCAUCCCACAAAUGCUGCGCACCAAGACGUGCGUUCCGGAAAUGGACCUCUCGGGCGUCGUCGAGGACGUGUGGCAUCCGGAACCACCAGCGGCUGGCAGCGGCACCUGCACCAGCAGCACCACGCCGAAGCCGUUUCGUUUCAGCAAAGGAGUCAAGGUCGUUGCUAUGCUGUCGGCCAGCCACGCCCUCGCCACCGGCACUGGCGCGCUGGCCGAGUACGUCGCGGUGCCGGCCAAGUAUGUCGCGCGCAAGGCGGACAGCGUCAGCUUCGGCGACGCGGCCGGUUGCUUGCUGGCGGGCAUGACGGCGUGGCAGCAGGUGCACGAGUCUGGCGCCAAGGAGGGCGAUCGGGUGCUUGUGAAUGCGGCCAGCGGCGGCAUCGGAACCAUGGUGGUGCAAAUGGUGCGCAAUAUUGUCGGCGACGCUGGGUACGUCGCGGGCAUAUGCAGCGGGAAGAAUGUCGAGCUGGUCAAAAGCCUCGGGGCAGACGAGGUACAGAAAGCUUGCCCAUCGCACUACGUAUUCGGGAACCGACCCUUCAACGCCAUCAUCGACACGCUCGGACACCAGUCCCUCUAUCUCGGCUCGCCGGCGUACCUCGUCCCCGGCGGCGUCUACUCGUCGGCCGGCAUCAAGCCGCCGAGCUUCGCGGUCCCCCACUUCCUGCGCGCCGUCGUGCAGAUGAAGCUCAACGAGUGGUGGCCGGUGAGCCGCUGGCUCGGCGGCGUCGGCCGGCUCUGGCGCGGCGUCUCCAUGAUGGAGCCCACGCUCGAAGACAGGCAGCGCAUCGUCGGGCUGCUCGGCCGCGGCGAGGUCCGCGUCGUGCGCGACAGCGUCUGGCCGUUUGAGGACGCGCAGGCCGCGUAUGCGCACCUGGCCGGGCUGCAUGCGCGCGGCAAGGUCCUCGUCAAGGUGAAUGCGGAGCUCGGAGACGACGAGGCUUAG